AUGGUUGAAGUAUCAUUAACAGUUGGUAAAUUAGAUGCUUCAUUGGCAUUACUCUUAACGAAAGAUCAUCACUUGAUUGAAUUUCCAACUAUUCUUUUACCAAAUGGAGUUAAAGCAGGUUCAAUAAUAAAAUUAAAAUGUGAUCAAGAUUAUGAAAGUGAAAAAGAGGAAGAUUUAAAAUUUGAUAAGAUUCAAAAAGAAAUAUUUGAAACAUUUACAACUAAUUCACCAAAAUCUCCAAUUUUAAAAAUUAAAAAUAUUACUCAAACUUCAUGUGUAUUAGAAUGGGAUAAAUUAAAUUUAGGUACUUCUAAUUUGAAAAACCUAAUCUUAUUUAAAGAUGGUAAAAAAUUAGGUUCAAUUCCUCAACCAUUAUCAAAUCAUACUUCAAAAUUAUCAGGAUUACCCAUAGAUAAAGAAUUUAAAUUUCAAUUAAGAUUAGAUACAACUGCAGGAACAUUUUGGAGUAAUGAAAUUCAAUUAAAAACUCAUAAAAUGACUGAUUUAUCAGGUAUAACAGUUUGUUUAGGUGAUUUUUCUCCCAAUGAUCCUUUUACAAAAGAAGAUCUUGAAAAAACUUUAGUAAAUAUGGGUGCUAAAUCACCAGCUCAAAUUGAGGUUAAAGUUGAUACAACUCAUUUCUUAUGUACAAGAGAAAAUAAAAAUAAUUCAGAAUUUAAUAAAGCAAAUGAUAUGAAUAUUCCAAUUAUAAGACCAGAAUGGUUAAAAGCUUGUGAAAGAGAAAGAAGAAUUGUUGGUGUACGAGAUUUUUAUUUAAAAGAUUGUGUUUUACCUGAUUUAUUUGCUAAAAAUUAUUGGGCAGAUAGUGGUAAGAAUAAGAGUGGUGCACAACCUAUAAGUAAAGAAGAAUCCGUACCUGCUAGCUCUGCUGGUGAAACUACCACGGACACAGAACAAACAAAUUCUGCUCCAACUGUCAAUAUUGAAGAUACCUCAAAUCCUAAGACGGAAGAUCCCAUAACUAAUGAUGACCUUACCAAUGUUUCAAAAGACAGUGGGAUUAACCCUAAUCAAGAUAUAGACAUUUCGGAAAAAUUAGAAAAUGAAGUUGAACCAGAAGAAAUAAGCACUGAACAAAAUGAGCAAAAUUUAUCUGCUGAACCCGAAGCAUUAGCUAACGAGAAAGACGAAGACUUGACUAAUAUAAGAGAAGAAGUUAGAAAUAGUGUUGUUCAAACGUCUGAACCGAAUUCAGCUGCUAUAGUCGACGAGAUUGUAGAAGGAACAAAAGAAGAGAAAUCAGAGCCAGAGGAAGAUAAGGAUGACAAGUCAGAAGAGAAAAAUAAUACUGAAGAUGUAAAAAAAGAAGAAUUAAAAGAUGAAAUAGAUGAUGCUUUUGAUAGCGUGCCAUUGGAAGAUAAGAAACCAAAAGAUGAUGUCAGGGCGAAGAUUGAAGCUGAAGUUGAUAAAGCAGAAGCUGAUCUAGAUGCAAAGCAAGACAAAGCUGAGAUUGAAACUGGUAAUAAUGACGAGGAGGGUAAAAAAGAGGAAAAUGAUGAGGAAGAAAACGGCGAGGAAGACGAUGAGACAGAAGCUUCAUCAUCUAAAGAAAAUUCACCGGCACCACAAGGAUCUUCCACUAAAAAGAAGAAGAGCAAAAAGAAAUCAAAUAAGAAAAAGUGA